GCAAGUAUGUGGGUAAUAGGCCUAUUCGUCUUAAGAAGGCGGACUCAAAUGUACGAGCCGUGGAUCUCGGAAAACACAAACAAAGAGCCCUUCAGAAAGAAAUCAAAGCUACCAAUCGUCUCAAGCCCUACUGA